AAGCGACAAAUCAAAACACAAGAGAUCAAAUAUAAAGAAUAAAUAAAAGUUGAAAAUAUCGUACUGUUCAUAAGUAUUAACUAAACUCUAGCGACUGGUGUCAAGGAUUAAUUCGGCUGUUGAACUCAAAAAUAGUGACACUCUCUUAUCUGAUUGGAGGAAGUACUCCUCAAUAAUUUUUUUAUUGUCAUCAAAGGGAAGUGGACCAGCUAUGACAAAGCGAACGUUUCAUCUUCGUGUUUAUGAUUAUCGUACGCGCUGUUGAGUUUUACUCAAUACGAUGUUUGUUUUGAUUUUUUUAAAACAAGAUAUUUCGUCGUAUUUAUCAACACGACGCCACCAAAAACUACAUUUCCCAGUUCCAACGUCGUUACGUAAGGCUACGCAACUUCCGCGGAGUGGUUUUCAAAAUAAGAUGGACCUGGCGUCGUUUAAUCGCUCCCUUGCGCCGCCGAUGGACCGGACCCCGACCUGGGCUCUUAUUUCGAAAUCGCUGUCAUCGCCCGGCCUUUGGUGGCCGCCUUUGCCAACCUGAGACCCGGUGAGGCUGCCCACCCCCGGGCGGGGGGCCGCACAUCCUCACGAUGAAGCUCCGGUUCGCCGGGGCCGUGCUGCUGUCGGCGGCCGCCUACUACGUGUACCUGCCGCUGCCCCGCGGAGUGAGCGAGCCGUGGAAACUGAUGCUGCUGGACGCCCUCUUCCGGGGCUUCAUGCGCGCGGGCGACGCGGCCCAGGCGCUGGGGGCGUGCCACCAGGCGCACCUGCUCAACCGGGCCGUGUCGUGGGCGGAGGCGACCGAGGCCCGCUCCAGCGCCGGCGUCAACGUCAGCGACGGCGAGCUGGGCGGCGUGCCCGCCCGCCUCUUCCUGUCCACGGGGCCCCGCGAGCCCAAAAGGGGGGUGGUCUACUUCCACGGCGGAGGCUGGGCGCUGGGCACUGCGCGGAUGCGAUCGUACGACCUGAUGUGCCGCAAGAUGGCAGAGGAACUGGAUGCCGUCGUCAUUUCCGUCGACUACCGUCUGGCCCCGGAGGCGGUGUUCCCGGAUCAGUACCACGACGCGCUGGCGGCGGCCCGGGCCUUCCUGUCCGAGGACGUGGCCCGGCGUUACGGCCUGGACCGGGAGCGGCUGUGCGUGUCGGGAGACAGCUCGGGGGGGAACCUGGCGGCGGCCGUCGCGCAGGAGCUGGGCUCCGACGACAGCGUGACGGCCCGCUUCAAGGCGCAGGCGCUGAUCUAUCCGGUGCUGCAGGCGCUCGACUUCCACACGCCGUCCUACCAGCAGAACCGGGCGGUGCCCAUCCUCUUCCGGCCCGUCAUGGCCCGUUUCUGGCUGCUCUACCUCGGCGCCGACCCGUCCCUGGCGCCGGCGCUGCUGGCCAACAACCACAGCACCCCGGGCCAGCCGGACCUCGGCCCGGACGUGCGCUCCCGGCUGGACUGGACCGCCCUGCUCCCGGCGGAGCGCAAGAAGGGAUUCCGUCCGGUGGUGGCGGAGACGGGCUCGCCGGGCCUGCUGGCGCGGGUGCCGGCGCUGCUGGACGCGAGGGCGGCGCCCCUGCUGGCGGAGCGAGAAGUUCUGCGCAAGACGCCUGACGCGUACGUGCUGACGUGCGAGUUCGACGUGCUGCGCGACGACGGGCUGAUGUACGCGCAGCGCCUGCGGCAGGCCGGCGUCCGCGUGACCUCCGACCACUACGACGACGGCUUCCACGGCUGCUUGUCCUUCGCGCAUCUGCCGGUUCUGUCCGCCGUGGGCCGCCGGGCCCUCGACAACUUCGUACGUUGGCUGGACCGGAACCUCUGAGCCCAGACCGGAAUAAUUUAGAGUUGACAUUUUUUAAAAAUGCUUUUGUUCAGGAAAUUGACGGUAAAAAAAAAUUUUCGGGUCGAGCCGGCGACGCCACCACAACCAGGCACGUGCGCACGCAUUUUUUUGGGGCGGGUGCUCGAGACAAAAGAGAGCACCCGUUGGCAAAAAAUAUUCCAACAACUCAGGGAAAAUGAACAGUGUUAUAUACAGGUGCAUCUCAUGUCGUGUCAUUAUCCAAGCCGCUUAUCCUCACAAGAGUUGCAGGACAACUGGAGCCUGUCCCGGCUAGCUUCGGGGGAAAGGCGAACUCCACCUUGAAACUGUCGCCAGUCAGUCGCAGGGCCAGUAUCGACGCCAUCACUGAGCGGAAAUCGAUCCCACGCUGCCCCGCACCAAAGGGAGGCGCGUGUACCGCUACACCAUCAGUGACAUCAAGUCCACCUCGACACGUACAAAUACUUUAGGAGCGUUCAUUAAUUUCAGCAUUGUAAUACUUCCAAAAGCCAAACAGAUUCUUUCAACAUAAAAGUAGUUUCUAACCUCAUUUCCAUAAAAUCUUGUUUCUUUUGUAACGUUCAAGUUUUUUUUUAAGACGGUAAUAUGUGGGUAAUAACAAAAUGACUACUUUUAUGAGUUUUAGUUGAGAUGCACCGUGUAUUUAUUUCUGUUCACAGAGUCAAUAAUACGACUAUUUACAAUGAAUGUCGAAAGGAAAGCGAGCUGCAGGUGGCUUUUGGGUGCGGGGCAAAACGGCGGGUGCUCGCGCACCGCCCCGCGGCCUCCCGCGCGCGCGCGCCCGCCAAAGCCCAAACGGUUGCGUUCGGCCAUUUUGAAAAGGCGCCCGCUCGGCCGGAACAUUCUUUGGCCUCCGGGGAGAGAAAAGAUGGAGAGAAGGUUGUAAAGCCGUCUUUCGUGGAUUGAUGGAUGAGUGGAGGGGGGGGGGCGAAAAACG